AUGGCGACUACUGUCUUUGUAGCUCCUGUGAUAUUAUGGACUUUUCUGUUUACCACGGCUAGUGGUGUAAGAGUGAGCAACAAGACAUAUGUGGAGAUUAAUGGUGUGUCUGCCUGCUUUAGAAGAUUCAACGCCACACAUCAAAUAGGAUGCAAUUCUAAAGCAUCUGGGAAUGUAGGAGUUGUUUACUAUGUAGAAUCUACAGAUGAUAUCGACUACAUUGUCAACACAGCAAACCAGGCACCAUAUGCUAUCCUAAUGGGCCCUAAACUUUUUACACUGACAAAUGUACAAAAUUUAUGGAACUCCGGAAAGAUCAAUGGAAUGAUGGUCAUUCAUUUGGACACAACUCCCAUUCCAGAUGCAUUCUCUCCGGACACCACCUGUCCGAAUGACCAGUAUGGUCUUUACCAUGGUAACAGUAAUUAUAGCAACUGUAGACAGGGAGAGUGGAACUUUAAUGGAAAUAGCAUGAUGUUCCAGGACUAUGCUUUCCCUAUCUUUGUCAUGAAGGAUAAGUCUGAAGUGAAUUACCUUAUACAUGAUUGCUUUGAGAAGUUUAAUAAGCCUCUCACCAAGGGACAUCCAAGGGAUUACCCUCUCUGUGCUGUGGAAUUAAAGGACAGUAUGUCUGGAUCCAAAGAUUCUGUGACCUGUAUCCGUCGUAACAACAUGCAAGUGAAUCUCAACCCUGAGACCUACUGUGAUCCCUUGGGAGAUAACAAUAUUGUAGCUCCCCUGAAGGCCGUACCCAGUACAAAGGAUUAUCCAGCAAACUCGGUCAUAGUGGCAGCUGCUAGGAUGGAUACGUUUUCCAUGUUUGAAAAUGAAUACCCUGGAGCUGACAGUCAUGUGACAGGUAUUGUGGCACUACUUGCUGUGGCGGAGGCCAUUGGUAAAGUGAAGGAGCGCAUCAUCCAGCAAAACAACUCCAAGGAUAUUCUAUUUACCUUCUUGCAAGGGGAGGCUUUUGAUUACAUUGGAAGCAGUCGAAUUGUGUAUGACAUGGAAAAUAAAAAGUUCCCUCAGGAGCCAGUUUCAGGCGAGACACACGUUCACCCUAUAAACCUCGAGCACAUCUCUCACUUUGUGGAGGUCAACCAGCUUGGUCUUCGUGACAAAGGCAAGUUGUGGAUUCACACAGAUCCUAUCAGUGUGGACAGCAGCAGGACUAUUUCUGAUGAGAUUAAUGAGAUGAUAAAAAACAUCACAGAUAUAGCAGGACAAGUGGACUUAGACCUCGGUGAAACGGCUGCUACCAAACCUCUACCUCCAUCUUCUGUCCAGCGAUUCCUCAAGAAAAGGCAGUUCCCAGCUAUUGUCAUCACUGAUCAUGAGAACGAAUUUACUAAUAAGUACUACAACAGCAGAUUUGACCGUGCAGUGACCAUACAGGCCGAUACAUCUGAUUAUGAUAUACCUACAGAACAAGCAAAACAACUCACCAAGGUGGCCACCACUGUGGCUAGGUCACUCUUCCUCCUGGCAACAGGCGAGAAUGCCACUGACAUUGAGGCUGAUGUAACAAAGGUACACCAUAUGCUGUAUUGUUUCCUGGUCAACAAAAGCUGCGACCUUUUCCAGGAAAUCAUUGAGGAAGAAAACUUGAACACUCUAUUGGAAAGUUCUACACCCUAUCCAUUCUAUGUGGGAGUUACCGCCACCGAUAACCAUGUGACCAGUCUGACAAAGCGCCUGUUAAGUCUGUAUACAGGAGAUCGACAGGAGAAAGUUAUAAAGAAGGACUGUAAUGUUCCAGAAAAAUACAAGGUGUACGAGUACACAUGGAUGGAAGGGCAGAAACAACCUGACAGUGAAAAACGUAAUGGAUUCUGUAUGCGAAGCACUGUUAAGCUCACAACAGCAAAAUCUCCAGCCUUCGAUCUCACAGGUUUGUUUCCUGAUCUGUAG